AUGGCUCAAGGUAAUCUGAAAUUAUCCAAGAAAAAGCCUGCUAGAGUCACAAAGCUACAGAAAAAUCCAAAGGCAGCUGCUCCAAAGAUCCACAAACCGAAAAAAGUGAAUCGCAACGAGAAAAACCUUUUCAAGCUAUCUCAGAAGCAUACCGCAAAUCUAGUUAGCAGCACCGAAAAGCUUAUUGCAUCUAGAGUGGGGCAUUUGGAGCUAAUCAAAGGAGCAAGGAGAGAAGUUGAAAAGAAGGCUAAAUAA